AUGAAACUUACUUUUUCUCUUUUCUCGCUCUUUUUGAGCAGUGUUUUUGGAAGUAUAACAAAUAGAAAUAUUCCUUUAUCCCUACGAAUGUCACCCUAUGCUUUGCUUCAUGAUACUACAAGUUACUUUAACAAACGAUCCGGCUUCAGGAACAUCAUCAACCCUGCACAUAUCCGAACCGCUUCGCCCGAGACUUUGUUCAAGACUUAUUCUGGAAUCGAGGAUUUCUUCAUGAAGAACGGAAAAAACCCACUAGCGAGGCUCACUCUAAAUCCCGAAAAAGUGCAAAAGUCGCCGAAGCCUAGCUUUUUCAAUCUGGUUAAAAACAUGUGA